AUGAAAGGCAAGGAAUUAUGGGGUCACUUGGAUGGGUCUUUUGUGGCCCCUACUGAUCUCAAAGAAUUUAGUUCUUGGUUCAACAAGGAAGCCAAGAUUAUUUCUUGGCUAUUAAGUUCCGUUGAACCACAUAUGGUCAACAAUCUUCAAUCAUUUACUACUGCUAAGGAGAUGUGGGACCAUUUUAGGCGUGUAUAUUAUCAAGAAAAUACUGCACGCAAAUUUCAAGUUGAGUUAGAGAUUUCCAGCUACAAACAAGGUAAUCUCUCUAUUGAACAGUUCUAUGCUAGGUUUCUAAAUUUAUGGAGUGAGUGUUCUGGGAUAGUAUAUUCUAAAGUUCCUAAGGUAGCCCUUGAAGCAUUCCAAGUUGUUCAUGCUGAGAGUCAAAGAGAUCAAUUCUUGAUGAAACUAAGACCUGAGUUUGAGACUACACGAGCUGGUUUGAUAAACCGUAAUCUUGUUUCUUCCUUGGAUGUGUGCUUGGGGGAAUUAUUGAGAGAAGAGCAGCAUCUUGCUACUCAACAUGGACUCACUCAAGAAAACGUGACAACUGAGAUGGUUAAUGUGGCAUAUGCUGCUCAAGGGAAAGGAAGAUCCAAUACACAGAUAUAG